CACUCCUGCCGCUGAUUUCAUUUGCCUGGCGUCGUGGUUGGCCCUACCCUUCCCGGUCAGGCCCCCAGCCCCCCCGCUGGCCGGGGCCAGGCCAGGCCAGCUCCUCUGGCAGCAGAGCCCGGGCAGGUGACAGGCGGGCGCGGGCGUCGCAGUUGAGGGGCGAAGAGGCGCCCGGGAGCUGGAGCUGGAGCCCCGGCAGAGGUCCAACCAGAGCCCAAGAGCUGGAGCGACCCUUCGACCUGUCAGCCAUGGGGGAGAUGGAACAGUUGCGGCAGGAGGCAGAACAGCUCAAGAAGCAGAUUGCAGAUGCCAGGAAGGCCUGCGCUGACAUUACGCUGGCAGAGCUGGUGUCUGGCCUGGAGGUGGCAGGACGCGUGCAGAUGCGGACGCGGCGGACGUUGAGGGGGCACCUGGCCAAGAUCUAUGCCAUGCACUGGGCCACUGACUCCAAGCUGCUGGUAAGUGCCUCCCAAGACGGGAAGCUGAUCGUGUGGGACACCUACACCACCAACAAGGUGCACGCCAUCCCGCUGCGCUCCUCUUGGGUCAUGACCUGUGCCUAUGCCCCCUCCGGGAACUUCGUGGCAUGUGGGGGGCUGGACAACAUGUGUUCCAUCUACAGCCUCAAAUCCCGCGAAGGCAACGUCAAGGUCAGCCGGGAGCUCUCUGCUCACACAGGUUAUCUCUCCUGCUGCCGCUUCCUGGAUGACAACAACAUUGUGACCAGCUCGGGGGACACCACGUGUGCCUUGUGGGACAUUGAGACCGGCCAGCAGAAGACUGUGUUUGUGGGACACACGGGCGACUGCAUGAGCCUGGCUGUGUCUCCCGACUUCAACCUCUUCAUUUCGGGGGCUUGUGACGCCAGCGCCAAGCUCUGGGACGUGCGUGAGGGGACCUGCCGUCAGACCUUCACGGGCCAUGAGUCGGACAUCAAUGCCAUCUGUUUCUUCCCCAAUGGCGAGGCCAUCUGCACGGGCUCAGACGACGCCUCCUGCCGCCUGUUUGACCUGCGGGCCGACCAGGAGCUGACCGCUUACUCCCAUGAGAGCAUCAUCUGCGGGAUCACGUCUGUGGCCUUCUCCCUGAGCGGCCGCCUGCUCUUUGCUGGCUACGACGACUUCAACUGCAAUGUCUGGGACUCCAUGAAGUGCGAGCGUGUGGGCAUCCUCUCUGGCCACGACAACAGGGUCAGCUGCCUGGGGGUCACCACUGAUGGGAUGGCCGUGGCCACAGGUUCCUGGGACAGCUUCCUAAAGAUCUGGAACUGAGGAAGCUGGAGGAAGGGGCGUGGAAGGCCAUGAAGACACUCAGCUGCCCCCCCCGUCUCUUUCAGGUUUUCUCUCCAGCCCAGGUGCCAUUCCCACUAAGCUUCCUCCUCCUCGGGUGGUGGGGAGUGUGGGGACUGUGCCUUUGGGAGGCAGCAUCAGGGACCCGGGGCAAAGAGCUGCCCCGUCUCCUCCCAUGGCCGCCCCUCCCCACAGUCCAACAGAGUCCAACUCCUUCCCUUCAAAAGCAAGGACAGCCGGCCCCUCCCCAGCCCUCUGCAGGCCCAGCAGGCUUCCCGUCUGAGGCCCCAGACCCUAGCAUUCCUCCCCCAGAGCCACCCCCUUUGUCCAGACCCGGGUGGCAUUGGGCGCUCAGCCCUGUAUCCGUGGCUCGGGCACCACUAGGGCCCUGGCUCCCUUCUUCAUGCUUUUUUCUUUUCCACCUUCUUUUGUUCUCUCCCAAGACACCUGCAAUAAAGCGUAGCACCCUGGUACA